AUGCUGCUCGGUGACCCGGCUCUCUGUGGCUUGGAAUCCGGUGUCUCCUUUGACAUUGUGGUUAGCCACGUGAGUGGCAGUAUCUUCAAGAGUUUGUGGCAUGGGGAUUUGUUUUCGUGUCAAGGCCUGGGCCCCGGUACCUGGACCUUGUAUGGUUUUAUCCUGCACUCCGUCGAACGCAAUGUGGGAUAUUUGAAGGGAACUGAGGAGUCGCGUGCCUUUCGCAGGCCGGAAUACUCUGCCGCUUCCUUUCGGACCUUGGUUGAGGUUUGCUCCGGGAUUGGUGGCUUCAGCGUCGGAGCUAAUUUCCUAGGCUUCGAGACCUUGCUUUGUGUCGAUAAAGCUGAGAUCGCUUGCGAAACGGUGCGCCUCAAUGGAGGCAACGCCUUGCAUGGGGAUGUUGGCUCGCGCAGCGUGCAGUUGCACAUUGCUGAGGUCUGCAAGAAUCAGGGACACAUCCUUGCCGCAGGGUUUCCGUGCAACAGCUACUCCGUUCAAGGCAUGGGCCGUGGAUUGCAGGAUCCCCGUGGGCAAGUGCUCCUUCACAUUUUGCAAGUGGCCUGGCAUAACCAAUCGCAUGGAAUCAUGUUAGAGUGUGUCGCUGAAGUACAGAAGCAUCAGGAAGUCAUUGACCUGCUCCAGCAAUUUGCCAGCCGAAUGCAUUUUCAUAUGCUUGGUCUGUCCCUGGGUAUAGGCCAGUCAUAUCGGAUGUUAUUGAUGAGUGGCCUGUCUGGCCCCUGGAACAGGCACCCACAGCUCUUCACAGUUGGGGAUCCGCCCUGCAAGCCUGCCCAUGUGGUUGCAGAGCACAAGCACCUCGCCGAUCCCCGCGCCGCUUUGUGCCUGGUGGGCCAGCUCGCUGCCCCGUUGCAAGUCGUCUGGAUUCUUGCACAAGUGCGUGACUGGACCGAGCUUGUCUUUGAUCUGCCACGCAGCACUGAUCCAGGGGCGCUUCUGGAGGCCUUCAAGCGCAUGCUUUUGGAGUCUCGCAAAGAUUUCUGGAAUGUCCCCUCCCUUGGGCAACCGAGCUCCGUAUGGUUCGGUGACGGAGACUCAAGUUUCGAGGUACGCAUCCCGGGCCCUACUCAGGUGCAGCACUUCCUUCAAGCUGAGAAAUCCCUGCAAGGACCAGGUUGUCGCAUCUACAUAAUGGAUGGAGCACGCCGGUUGCCCCCUCGAGCGUUCUUGCACCCUGGCAACGCCACAUGCCCCUACACGCUGGUCAUUCAGGCUAAGGUUGCCCGCAAGGCCGCCCCUGAGCCACAGGUCUCUGCGUCAUCCGCGGCAGGCACCACUGAUGUGACAAUUUGGGCUGGCCUGUUGCGUCUGCAGGCGGCUACUGCGAGACCUGCCUUUGUGGUUCCUCCUGGGAUUGUCGCCAGGUGGCUUUGCAUGUCUUGGCUCCACUCUGAGACGGCGGCCGAUUUGAAUUUCCAGUGGCCGGCAUUCUGUCAGACCUGCCUUUUCCCCUUUGUUUCGGAAGGACACUGGUCUCUUCUGGUCCUAGAACGCCCCGAGUCUGCAAACCUCAAGGCCUCCCUCUUUGACGGCAUUCCUGGCCGAAACACUGAAGUCGCACAGAACUUGACCAGCCUUAUUUGUGCAGCCUGCAAUUUGUCGGCCGUUGAAAUUGUGACGCCUUUCCUGCCAGUGCAGCAGGACGGUGAUCAGUGUGGACCAAUGCUCCUCGCCUAUGCCGCCCUGGUCCUCGGGCUGGACGCUCCCUUUGAGAAGCUUCUAGACGACGCUAUUAGUUUCUGCCGGUUCAUGCCCCCACAUACUUCUUCGUCCUGCGCAAAAGGCGGUCUCUCUGAGGCUCAACAGGCUACACUUGGCAAGCUCCUGACGGAGCACGGUGUCCCAGAGUCCGCCGUCGCCGAUCGAGUGCAGGGGGCCGUGCAAAAGAUCGGCGCUGGCAUGCUGGCAAAGGCUCUUGUCGCCGACAACCCUUGGCAAGCUCUGAAAGCCGCAGGCUCAACACCAAACGCAAUGUUCAGGUGGGUACGCCCCGAGGAACUGAAGGCGCAUGCGCAGGCUAGAGCUCAAUUGGCGUUUGGGACUGCGGUGGACAACGCUAAGGCCCGCAAGCAGAAGCCUGCCAAGACCACUAAGCCGGUGCUCAAUGUGGACCCAGCCACGUUGCAACUUGCUUCAGCCUCCUUCGUAUCAACAGAGGGCAAUCCUCUUUCUCAGCUUGCCUUUGACGAGGUCGGGCCCCAGGCCUGUGGGAUCGCUUUCUGCUCUGCUCAGCAAAUGCUUCCCUUCGUUGGUGACUAUCGGGCCCUGAGUGUCGAUGCCCUUGCACUGGUUUCCACGGCGCCACUGCCUGUUGAAGCAUGUUCUGGUGCCCCUGCUGCUAACAUCAGGUUUCCUGCCGUCUACUCUCCCACUCAAGAGGCGGUCCUACUCAGCGGGACGAUUUUGCAGCUUGGUGACGAACAUGUGCAGCUCUCGCCAGCUGAUUCGGCCAUGGGUGAAGUCGACCAGCUAGAUACCAUCGUCGGCAGAGUGUCCCUCUUUCGGGAUGAGGCCCAGCUAGACUGGGACGUCUUUGUUAAGUCUCCUGUCAAGUGCCUGUUGCAACAUGUACAAGGCCUCAACUUGUGCCGGGACACUGGCUGCAAAGGUGAUUGUGCUGCGUUCCACCCCGCGGUGGAGGAACACGUGGACCGCAUGAUUCUGGAUGUGUGGGCCCGACAGUUUGCCAGACUCGAGGGUGGCAAGGCCAACCCGGAAACCGCCGAGCUCUUUCAGGCCUUGAUUCGUGUGCCGAGCUCCGCUGCCAAGCACCUUCAACAUGUUCAUGUGGCCGGGUUCUAUUUUGAGCCUCGUGCGGCCAACGGCUUUGGCCCACACCCUUCAUACGCGGUGGUAUGGCUUCCCGGACAUGACAAGGCGCAAGCUUCCCACCUUCUGAGGACAUGUGACAAGGCCAUCGGUUUGGCCAGGUUGGGCUCUAAAUACGGUCUCCGGGUGCUGGAUGAACACGAGCAGGCAGUGUUUGAGGCAUUGCGGCCCCAGCAGACUUUUGUUAAGGUCAAGGUUCUCUCGAAGUGGCGGCUUCAUCCGCUUCCGCACGGAAUGCAAAGGCAUGCAUUGGUCCAGCUGCUCGGCAAAUGGAAGUGGGCUGCCAAGCCGCUGCAGCCUUGUAAAGGUGACUCCUCCGGUUGCGCUUGGGAAGUUGGCAGCGCAGUUGACCCGCCCGCCUCCAUCAUGCAAGCAGGCGAGGCCUUUGUCCUGAUCCAUAAAAUCCGUGACGUUGGCCAGCCCUCCAAACCGGAAGCUCUCUGUGCCUCCAGCCGCACUCGCCGGCGCAUCUUGUAUGACGACCCUGAUGUCCCACAAUCUUCCACAGACCCCUGGUCCGGGGGACGCGAUCCUUGGAGCCAGGCACGCCUCCCACCAGGUCUCCCGGCUCCAGUUGUUCCUGCUGCGACGGGUGCUGCUCAGCCUUCGGCUGCGGUCAGUAAGCUUACACAGGUCAAGUCGGAACUCCAGGCAGGCUUGGCGACCUUGGUGCGCAAGGAAGUGCAUGCUGCCACUUCAUCCGCUGCCACUCCGAAUACUGCUCAGGAUGACCGUAUCCAGAAGCUCGAGGUCGGUUUGAAUGAAGUCCGGAUGCAAAACAACAAGUUUGAGGAGUGGUUCCAGACCUUUGGCACCCAGAUGCGGCAACAAGCUGAACAUGUUCUUGAGGUGCAGCAAACUGUGAAGUCCCAGCAAAGCGAGCUUGGUAAUCUUCGGUCCGAGGUCACAUCUUCAAUUGCCCAGGUCACUCCGGCUGCCAACUCGGGUCACGUGGCAGUCAGCGCUUGCGCACAUUUUCCGUUCUGUCGCUUUGGGGAAGCGACCAACCCUGGCCCUGGGCCCUUGAUCUCCGUGGGUACUUCAAACCCUAGCGGUCUUCGCAACAAGGAACAGUUGAUUGCAGAUCUGGGCCCCGGGGUUUGGCAGUUCUCGGAGACACAGCUCUCCGCAGUUACAUUGCCUGCAUCUUCUCGAGCCCUCAAGGCCCUCACACGGGCCCAGCACCGUGAUGUGCGCAUUUUUGCUGGGGCCCCGGCCCCUUUGCGUCCCGGCUCGCACUUUGCGGGUUCGUGGACUGGUGUGCUCACUCUGAGUGACUUCCCAUGCCGCCCCGUGCAGCUGCAAUGGUUGCACGACUCGUUCCACACCGGCCGCGUACAGGCCUUGCACCACUUUGUGAAUGAUACGCCCAUUCUUACAGCCAAUGUCUACGGCUAUCCAUCCGGAAAGACCUUCACCGAUGCCCGCGCCCGCACCGAGCGACUGCUGGAGACUUUGACUCAUGAACUGGUGUUGGGCCGCAAGGGCAUCCGCAUCAUAUCCGGAGAUUUUAAUCAUUGGCACGCCCAACUUGAUCAAGUGACAAUCUGGAAGCAGCAAGGUUGGGUUGAAGCACAAGACUUGGCUGAGCAGCGCUGGCAACAGCCACCUGCUCCUACUUGCAAAGGCUCCACACAUCGGGAUUUCAUCUUCCUCAGCCCAGAAGCUGCAGCACUUUGUGAAGAGGUUCGCGUGCACGAUGUUUUCGCUGAGCAUGCUACUGUAAUCGCCGGGAUUCGGUUGAUUGGGGUUCCUCGACUUCAAUCCUGGCCUCUCCCUGCCGCGAUUCCUUGGGAGUCCGUUGAUGUUCCCGCCUGGACUCGGGCUUGUGAUACCAUGCCUAUUCAGGAAGCCUGCUCUACCCGAUGGCUUAAGUCCUUUGCGCAAGGUUUUGAAAACAGUCUGAAUGGCUACGUGACUACGGCCCCUGCUGGACAACUGCCCCACCGCUGCUAUGGUCGCGCCAGUCGGCUCUCUCCUGACAUGCCAGCCCAAGUAUUCCCGCCGAAGCCGGCCCGCCCAGGUGAAGAGGCGAUACACCACGACCUUCUGUCUCUUGAGGUUAAGCGCUGGUACCAACAACUCCGCAGACUGCAGUCCCUUGACCACGCCAUGCAGGCCGGCAGCCAGUCCCACAAUGCUGUUGAACACCGCUUGGGUUUGUGGCGUUCAAUCCUGGGUGCCAGGGGCUUUCGUCCUGGCUUCCAACACUGGUGGCCGUCCCGACCAGUUCAGCUUGCCGGCUCCCCACGUGACUUCCCCGCCUUGCUUCCGUGUGCGGCGGUCUGUCAUCUGCUGUUUCUAGACUUUCGUGACAACUACAGCAAAUUCGAGGCGUGGAACGUUCGCCAGCGGCGUGCCAUUUUGGCCGAGCAAUAUGCUCACAAUCAUAAUCUCCUGUUCCGUGAUCUUCGUGACCCCAAGCCCGAACAGGUUGAUACUUUGGAGUUGAAGCGAUCUUACUGCGUUCUUGCAGUGGACCCGCCCACCUGUAGCGUGCACCUCGACUCAAAGAUUGAAACACGUGGCUGCAGCCAAUGGCAGCUUGAUGGGUGCACUGUUCAGGUCGAGGUUGUUGCCGAGGACGUCUGUUCCAUUAAGGAUUGCCCGGCUCUGCAUGCCGACGCCGAGCUUGAACAAACUGUUGUUCUUUCCUCGGCCUCAGACGUACAGUCAGAAUUCGAAAACCUUUGGUCACAGUUUUGGCAGCGCCACGCUGACCCUACCCAGGUGGAUUGGUCCCGCGUCACGGCUUUCGCAGAAGCCUACCUUCCACGUGGUCAACUGUCUCUUCCCCCGAUCUCUCUUGAACAGUGGCGUGGCGCCUUGCGGCGCUUCAAACCGCAAGCUGCCAGAGGCCCUGAUGGCUUCGCGAGGCUUGAUUUGCUCAACAUGUCUGAUGCCCAUGCCUCGCAAUUGCUGGACUUCCUGACCGACAUUGAAUCAGGGGUGCGCUCGUGGCCGGAACAGUGGCUCGUCGGCCUGAUCUGUUGCUUGAAGAAGCCCAAUGACAAACAAGGUCCGAAUGGUUACAGGCCCAUCUGUCUGCUCAGUUGCGCUUACCGAGCCUGGAGCGGCCUGAGAGCCCGGCAGGUCCUUCGAUGGUUGGUCGAUUUGAUGCCCGAUUCAGCGCUUGGCUUUAUGCCUGGCCGCGAGGCAGCACAGUUUUGGUACGUGUUGGAGGCCCAAAUUGAGCUGGCGUGCCAAUAUGACCUUCCUUUUCUGGGCUACUCUGCAGAUGUUGUCAAGGCCUUUAACUGUUUACCACGUUGGCCAGUGAUCCAGAUCGCACUUCAGAUUGGUCUCCCGGCCAGUUUAGUGCAGCCCUGGACGUCUUUCUUGGAUGGAUUGGAACGGCGUUUUCUCAUCCGAAACGCCGUGGGUCAGUCCCUCCGUUCGACUUGCGGAUUCCCUGAGGGCUGUGCACUUAGCACGGUUGCCAUGAGCUUGGUCUGCCUUUGCUUUCAUGCUUAUAUGGACGCGUUCAGCUCCGGCGCCGUUGCACAAUCUUAUGUGGAUAAUCUCGCAUGCACCGCCUCCACGGUCGGUCAGCUCACUGCAGGUGUGAAUGUUUCACGCACCUUUCUGGACAUGUUGGGGCUCUCCCUGGAUUCUGAGAAGACGUAUACCUGGGCGACUCAAUCCAGCCAUCGUGCCCAGUUGUCUGUCUUUGGCCUCCAGGUCCUGGACCACGCCUCGGAGCUAGGCGGUGUCAUCAGCUUUGGCCGAGCGACCCGCAACUCUGUCUUGGUGCAGCGCUGUCGUAACCUGGGUCCGUGGUUCGAUCGUCUUCGACGCUCUCCGAGCAACUUGCAUUUCAAGCUGAAAGCCCUGCCCGCGAAGUUCUGGAGCCACGCCCUACAUGGCAUCUCAGGUUGUCCUUUGGCCACCUCCGUUUUGGCCAACCUGCGUGCGCAGGCAGUUCGGGCUUUACGUAUGACUUCGGCAGGCUCCAGCGCCAUGCUACGGCUGUCCACUUCUGGGACGAUCGAAGCUGACCCAGGCUUCUUUGAGCUCUGGAGCACUCUGCGUGAUUUGCGUCGUCUGGCGGCCAAAAGCCCUCUGAUUCUCCCACUGUGGAUGGAUUUUAUGUCCAACUUCCAGGGUAAUCUGCAACACGGCCCUUUCUCGAAGCUGCUGCAGGUUUUGGGUCGGGUAGGCUGGUCCAUUGGAACACCGCCUUGCAUCUCUGACCACACAGGCAUUCAACAUGAUCUGCUGCAUAUGCCUCGUGCUCUGUUGCGCCUGUUGUGUGAAGAGGCAUGGCUUCAUCAUGUUGCGACGCAGCACCGACAUCGACGUACAAUGCAUGAUCUGAACGGUUUGGACCGCUCGCUGUUAUAUGCAGACAUGAGCCGGCUUGGUCCUCUGGACCAGUCCCGUGUGGCCGCGCUGCGCAGCGGUGCUUUCAUGUUUGAUGCUUGUCACGCUCGCUAUGACAACAGUCUGGAUGGCCUUUGUCAUAGGGAUCCUACGCUUGCACUUGCCUCCUGGAGCAGUGUCAAUGCCAACACCGGCCUCAUUGUGGCCUGUGGCCCAGUGCCCGGCAUUUUGCAGUCGGCUCCACGUGCGGAGUUGUGGGGUGCCAUUGCCUCUCUAAAGUGGGGCGUCUACCACGACGCUCCCGUGACGCUGUGGACUGACUCGGACAUGGUGGGGCGCGGACUUCGCAAACUCGUCGGUGGGACUGAGCUCACACCUGCAGACAAUGCUGAUCUCUGGCAAACCCUGGAGGAGCUUGUUCGUCUGUAUCCUGAGGGACAUCUGGUGAUUCAGCACGUUCCGUCACAUGUGGACUCAAACCAGAGCCGCUCCCCUUUCGAGGACUGGGUCAUUGAGUGGAACCAUCAUGCAGACACUCUUGCUGUGCUGGCCAAUAUGAACAGGCCGUUGGAUCUGCGCCGGGUGCAUGAGCAGGCCAUUGGUUGGCAUAACUAUAUGUUGGAAGCCUCGCGAGCUCUUCGUGGCCUUUAUAUGGGCAUCGCCAACGAAACAUUGCCGAACCGGAACCGUGAUGCGUCGAAGCACGACACGGAUGAGAACGUGCCCUCGCUGCAACCCCCGACUGAAGCAUUCGUUGAGGACUUUGCGGACUCACUCCCGAUUGCGUGGCGACAGGCGGUGGUUUCGGCAUGCCCAGAUCUGCCGCCUGGUUAUGUUCUUGCCCUCGCUGACUUUCUGCUGCCACAGGCCCAAGCUUCCGCAUCUUGGCGCGCAGUUUCCUGGCUCGAGUUCGUCUUCAUGCUACAUGAGAGUGGUGAGCCGAAGUUUCCAGUGCGAUCGUUGUCAUCUGAUACGUGGCAGUCUUCGGAGCAUGUGCCGCUGGGCGCCCCAGCGUUGACGGUUGCUGUACAGUUAGGGUUAGUUCGCAAAGCGAUGCGCCGCAUUUUCAAAGCCUUGCAGCGGGACGACCUGUGGAUUGAUAUGAUUUCUUUGAGUGACUUCGGGGUGUCUUUUAGUGUUAGUGGGGUUCGGUUUGCGGUCGAUGCUUCCCUUUUACAGGCUGCUCGUCGUAGGCUUCUUCAGUUUUGCGCUGGACGCAAGAUCAGUACAGUUGGCGAUCUUGCCAGAUUAGCGUGA